UAUCUACAUGAUGAUGGAAAGCAGACCUUCACUGUGAUCAUCAACAGUCUGACUGAGGGAGACUCUGGUGAAUACUGGUGUGGAGCUGAAUCAGACUGGACAUCUGACCAUGGAUACAAGGCCUAUAUCACACAGAUCAACCUCCGAGUUACUGGAACAGCAUCACCCUCAACAUCACCAUCAAGCCCUGCUGCAAAGACCAUAGAAACAAACGCCCCUACAACUACAAUAAAAUCCUCAUCCAAGACUUCAACAGAAAUUCUACCACAGUCAUCGACAUACAUCAGCUCACUGACCACGAACCCAACCACAUCCUCAAUGCCUAAGACCAUACCAUCUUCUUUGUCAGUCUCCUCUGUGGUCACUGGUGUGUCGGUGAUUGUGUUGCUGCUUCUGUUUGGACUCUUAUUCUUCAUAGUCUUUCUUAGAAGGAGAGGCAAGACUCAAGACCCAGGCACAACCCAAAGCCAGUCCUUCAGAGGAUUCUCAGCUGUCCACAGGGUUUUCCAUCUUUUCAAUAACUAUGAAGAGAUUAAAGAGAGUAAACAUGUUCCUACAUCAGAUGCUGGAAUCUUCACAAUCUACUCUAUUGCUCAAUCCACAAACCCCUCAGAACCUUCUCAAACUUAUUAUGAAAAUGUCCAGUUACCCACAAACAUCUCAGAACCUUCUCAAACUGACUAUGAAAAUGUUCAGUUACCCACAAACCUCACAAAACCUUCUCAAACUGAUUAUGAAAAUGUUCAGUUACCCACAAACCCCACAGAACCUUCUCAAACUGAUUAUGAAAAUAUCCAGUUGCCCUCAAGCUGUGACUUCCCAAAUCCUGUUUAUUCUCCUGCUCAGUUACCAUCAAAUUCUCUUGACCAGGUCACCUACUCCACAGGUCAGUUACCCACAUUUCUCUCUGAUUCCUCAACAAGUCCCUCUCUGCCUUUAGCUGGAACAUCUACAGAAGGCCCAACAUACGCAACAGUGAAUUUCAAUAAGAAGGUAGGCAGAGCGAGCGAUGCUGUUACCAGAACAGCCUUUAGCAGCGAUAAGGACUCAUGUGACUAUGCUACAGUCAAACAUUAG